AUGGAUACUAUUUACUCGGCCACCUACAGCAAUGUGCCGGUGUAUGAAUUCAAAAUCGAUGGCGACAGUAUUAUGCGACGGAGGUCAGACGAUUGGGUGAAUGCAACUCAUGUCCUCAAGGCUGCUGGGUUUGACAAGCCCGCGAGAACUCGAAUUCUGGAACGAGAGGUUCAGAAAGGAAAUCAUGAGAAAGUGCAAGGUGGAUAUGGAAAAUACCAGGGAACAUGGAUUCCCCUUCCAGAAGCUCGCAUGUUGGCGGAGCGCAACAAUGUCUUCGCCAAGUUGGCACCUAUCUUCGAUUACGUUGCUGGUGACCGCAGUCCCCCACCUGCACCCAAACACACCUCCGCAGCCUCAAAACCACGUGCACCACGCAAGUCGGCCAAAAAUGCUGCGGCCGUCGCCACGGAGGCCUUCUCCGUGAUUCAACCAACUCCAAAUCGAUCCAUGGGCCCUCCAACCCUCACACACGAACAAUACGAGAUGAGCAACGGGUUUGAUGACAACGAAUCCAUCGAACAGGCAAAUCUCGAAACUUCCUCCAUGAUGGCAGAUGAAGAUAUGCAUUUGUCUAUGUCUUUUGGGGGGCGAAAGCGCAAGCGCGGCAUGAACGAAGCGCCCACUAUGACCAUUACUGAGCAGGAGCACAUCAUGUAUGGUGACCAAUUGCUGGAUUACUUUAUGACUGUAGGCGAUGCACCCCAAGCGACACGCAUCCAACCUCCAGUACCUCCCGCCCAUUUCCAGAUUGACCGGCAAAUUGAUGACUCGGGCAACACGGCAUUGCACUGGGCUUGCGCCAUGGGCGAUCUGGAGAUUGUUCAAGAUCUACUUCAUCGAGGAGCCAAUGCCAAAUCUCUGUCCAUUCAUGAAGAGACCCCGCUUGUUCGAGCUGUGUUGUUCACGAACAACUAUGAAAAACGGACUUUCCCUACUCUGCUGGAUAUGUUGCUGGACACCAUAACAUUCAGAGACUGGUUUGGAGCCACAAUUUUUCACCACGUUGCUGAGACCACUAGGAGCAAAGGGAAAUGGAAGAGCUCAAAGUAUUACUGCGACAUCCUCCUCGAUAAGCUGUGCAAGAAUUUCUCUCAUGAUGAGGUCGACUUGUUGCUGGCCUGCCAGGACGACAAUGGAGACACAGCUGCCCUUGUCGCUGCUCGCAACGGAUCAUUCCGCCUAGUGAAACUAUUGACAGCUCAUUGCCCUCGAUCUGCCGACCUCGUAAACAAAAAAGGAGAAACGGCUUCCCAGAUCCUCCAACGGUCCCAACUUGAGAAUGACAUCCCGCCUGCCCCAUCAUCCGUCACCAUGGCCAAUGAUCACAUGGAUGGUGAGAUGAGUGGUCUAAUGCCUUCCGACCGCAUGUCUAUUGCACCACCACCCAUCGACCCCGCUGCAAAUCAGGACUUGCUUUCCAAGAUCGGUGCGAUCAUGGCGGAGGCCAACAAGAAAUUGACAGUUACAUACAGCAACACCAAAGUCUCCUCACAGGACUCCACCGAUGUUGCCAACCCCGAGGCACUCUAUGAGCAACUCGAAUCAGACCGCGAGAAGAUUCAGAAGCAAGUUAUUGCUCUGGGUGAAAAAGAGGCUAUGUACGAACCCAGCGACAACCAACUUCGUCGUUAUGAGAAGCUGCGCGGCACCUAUGAGUCUCUCCUUGAGCGUGUGCAGUACGAUCGUCUUGUGGAGAAAUUAUCAUCAGCCAAGGCAAUCGCCUCCCCGAAUGCACCCUCUCUAAGCCCAGAAGAGCUUAUCGCACAAUACCAACUUGCACGCGAGCUCUGCGCUGCACAGAAGAAGCGACGCAACGCUGUACGGGACCUUGCUCAGCAGACCGCAGAUGCGGGUGUGAGCACCAAGUUUGAUGUGCACCGUAAGCUGGUGGCUUUAGCCACUGGCUUAAAGGAAGAGGAGCUUGACCCGAUGGCGGCUGAGCUGGCUGAAACUCUAGAGUUUGACCGCUUGAAUGGCAAGGGUACAUCUCCCGAGCCAGGCCACCACCGACUGCCAUCUCUGGUAGAAUCUGCCCCGCUACCCUCAGGCCCUGUGGAUAACUAG